UCCGGGAGCUUUCGAUCCAAAAUGGCUCCUGUUGGAGAGAAAAAUGACAGAAUGAACUCAGUAACUGAGGAUCCUGACAAUGAUUCACAAAAUCUGUGGAAUUCAAUUCUGACAGAAGUGCAGUCAAGUUCAGCUUCUAAGUUACCAACUUCAAAGUCUGUAAUUGUUUUAGGUGACAAUGAGAGUGGGAAGACUACAUUGAUCGCGAAGUUACAAGGUGUCGAGGAGCCAAAGAAAGGGAUUGGACUCGAGUACUACUAUCUGAAUGUCAAGGAUGAGUAUAGAGAUGAUCAAGGCAGACUGGGCAUGUGGGCUCUAGAUGGCGACACAAUGCAUACGAGCCUCCUGAAAUACGCGUUAACGGAGGAAACGUUUGAGAACACGCUAGUACUACUUGUGGCAUCGAUGACAUCACCUUGGUCCAUCCUCGAUACUCUAGAAAAAUGGGCAUCUAUUCUACGACACCAUAUCGAUAGGUUACGAAUUUCCCCAGAGGAUAGGAGAGAUUAUGACCAGAGUUUGGUCCGAUUUUACCAAGAGUAUGUAGAACCAGAUGAAAGCACCUCCGUGACUCAGACUUCCAUGAGGCGAGAUGUGAACCCACUUCAUCCAGCGGCACCCGCCGUAGCAGAGGAGGACAAAGUGUUACUUCCCCUAGGGGAAAACAUACUGGCACAAAACCUGGGAAUACCCAUCAUAGUUGUACUCACAAAGGCGGAUGCCAUCUCCACCUUAGAAAAAGAAAAUGAUUACAAAGAAGAACACUUUGACUUUAUUCAAAUGCAUAUUAGGAACUUUUGUCUACAUUAUGGUGCUUCGUUGUUCUACACUUCGGUAAAGGAGGAGAAGAACUGUGACCUACUCCACCAAUACUUGUUACAUCGGAUAUACGGCUUCCCGUUCAAUAUGCCGGCCUUUGUUGUGGAGAAAGAUAGUGUGUUCAUCCCUGCAGGUUGGGACAAUGAUAAAAAGAUAGCCAUUUUACACGAAAACCUACAGAAUAUAAAACCAACUGAUGCAUAUGAAGAUGUUAUAGCUAAACCUAUAGUUAGAAAGCCGGUCCAGAGGGAUGCAGAGGUCACUGUAGAGGACGUUCAACUGUUUCUGAUGAAACAACAGUCACAUCUUAGCAAGGCGCCAUCACCAGGGGCCGCAGGGGAGUCUCCAGUGCGGACAGGAAGCCAGACUCCGAAGACUGCCACCAUAGGGAAGGCUGCCUCUAGCCCCACCCCCACCACUGUGUCCCCUAACAAGAAGAUGGAGAACAAAGCGGGUGCAGGCGGCGCGGCCACCAGUGAAGGAAUGCUGGCCAAUUUCUUCAACAGUCUCCUUAACAAGAAGUCUGGGGCUCCUGGCACACCCAGACCAGACACUGCCGGGGUGCACGCCGAGCUAGAGAAAAUGACAAAGACCACGGCAAAAACUACAAGAAAAGCCCAUUCAGAUGCCAACCCAAAUGGACCAACCGCCUCCUGAUUGGCUCAUUCCUGACCAUGUGACUCAACCUAGCUUCCUGAUUGGUCAAUUCUGUGAUCAUUUAAAUUUUGAACUUCAUAGUAAAAUAUUGGACACUGAUUGGUCCAUUCAGUGAUCAUGUGACAAUAAUCUGCCAUAUGAUUGGCCUGUGAGAGCUUGUGAUGCAUUCAAGAGGAACAAAGCUAGCCGGCAGACAUGUUGUUAACCAUUUAUACAUUUUGGUAACCUGGUUUAUGAAUAACAAGUUGCCAACUAAAAAUAGAUUUAUUGCAAGUACUACAGAGGAACCAUUUCAGAAACUUAUUUACAUGUAAAGCAAAAUACCAUAUAUAUCAAUUAAUGAUUGUUAUACUAGUCAAUUUAAGAUGAUAUGUGAAGUACAAAAUCUAUUGUAAGAAAUGUAAUGAAAUUGAUGCAUAUAUGAUGAAUAUUAUUAUGUACAUGCAUUUAUCUUGUGUACAAUUUGAUUGAUACAUGUACUAUCUUAAAGUAAGGCUUGGUUACUCCUGUAUUUAAGUGCAAUAGAAUUUACUUAAAUGACAUACGAGCAGAAACAAACUGUGUUCAAGCCGUUUCAAGGUGUUACCAUUGUUGUAACUCAUGGCUUAAGCUGUAUUUGAAUUAUUGUAUAUAGCGAUGUAUGAACAGUUGUAUUUAUUUAUAGGUUUACUUGUUAAAAUCAAUUUUUAUGGCUUAUUCAUUGUGGUUGAAAAAAAAGAUUUACGCUUAAACAUUUAACAAUGGCAGAAUAGGCACUAAAAUACUGUAAAGUUUACAAUGGUGUCAUGUUUUGAUGUACAAUUUACAUGUAUUUGGCUGUAAGGUUGUACAUAAGCGAUCAAUUUACUUGGUAUUAACCUUGUGUGAUAUUUCUGCUGAUUUAUGGGCCAACAAGUAUCAAGAAUUUCCUUCAGUAUGGAUUUACAGUUACUCUUAAGGGGGUAGAUAUCACUUUAAGUGACAAUUACUACUUUUUGCUCACUCAUGUUUGUCAAUACUUUGGUUUAAAUAAGUUAAAUUUGAUGGAUUGUUUCUGACCAUUAAGAAGAAGGUAAAAUUAACAUCCUUGUAUAGUAAAACACAAACUUAUAUUUUUUGUGAUAUAAAUUGUUGUUAUAGAGUUAAACACUAUGGCAAAAAAGUUUAGGGUUGGGCAUAAAAGAAUAGGGUCCGUUGGGUAAGUGGAAACAAACUUUAUUUUUUGUACACCUUACAUGCUAUGCUAAGCACCUAUUCUGCCAUUGCCCAUUGGAUAUUCAAUAGAUAUACAUUCAUGAAAACAGAUGUCAUGAACUCAUUAUUAAGUGUUCUCUUAGUUUUAAAGGUAUGUCAUGGUCUCUUUUCUAAAGAGAAGAGAAAAAACAGCAACGUUAUGUAUUAUUAUGAUUUGGGGCAUUUUUGCUGCUUGUGGUAAGUUUGUGAUAGGUUUACGACUUUCGUUGCAAUGUGAUUAAGCUAGCUGAUGUAUUUCGGUUUUCGGUUUAAAAUUUAAAGUCUUUUUCGAGUUCAGUUCUUCUUUUGCCCAUUUUGUUGCCAAAUUAAAGAUUUUGUUCAUGAUUGUUGUUCAAAUUGUAAUCACAAAAUAUGCUGUAGGUGGCUUAAAUUUUGCAAGUUUUAUUUUUUGCUAAAAUUUUGAUUUCAUUAUAUUGCAAAUUUUCAUCUUUGGAUGAUGAAAUAUGUAUUGAUUUUUGAAAAAUAUUAGGGGCAGUCCUUCACAAAAAAAUAAGAUAAGAAAAAGUUUACCAUAUUUUCCCACCUAAAAUUUGAUAAUUUGAUUAGACAGGAAUAAUAGCAAUCCAAUAAGUUAGCUGGAAAGUCUGUGCUGAGUUUGUUCAUCAACUUCGGUUUCUUUUUUAAUGAAACUAAGCCCAUGUUUAUAUCAUUACAGUGUUUCCAAUGCUGAACAUGUUAUAAAAGAACACUCGUAUCUCACGAAAUAUAAACCUUGCAGAUUUUAACUAUUUACAGUAGUGACUAUAUAAAUGUGCUUAAAACAUGGAAGAAUUCAUUGUAGUUUUGUAGAAAAAGUUACCUUUUAUAAAAGAAGACGAAAACUAAAAUGUGACUGAUCGCUUGUGGGUUAUCGAAUUUUGUCAUAAUGUUUUAGGAUAUGAUAGUAAAUUUAUAUAUAUAUAAAUAUGGCAAAUCUUCACCGAACUUCAUGUUAUUGAAAAAACUGCUAUUUUGAGUAAUUUUUGUGUUAUAUUUAUUAUUGCUCCAUAUACAUGUUUUCAGUUGCGUAUGAUGUGCUUUAUACCAGUAACUUUUCUUAAGUUUUCAUCUUAGCUGUGUCAGCUUUUUGAGCAACUUUUCUUAAAUAUUCAUCUUAGCUGUGUCAGAUUUUAUGAGUAGCUUUUCUCAAAUUUUUCAUCUUAGCUGGGUCAGCUUUUAUGAGUAACUUUUUCCAAUUUUUCAUCUAAGCUUUGUCAACUUUUAUGAGCAACUUUUCUCAAUUUUUCAUCUUAGCUGUGUCAGCUUUUAUGGUAAUGAUACAUGUAUCAAGAAUAAAUAACAACAUUUUUAAUGUAUUCUGUUUGAAUCUUGAGGCCAAGUUUAAAAACAAGAGUGAUAUAGUAGGAUUUAAAUUUACUGUUAGAUGUCAACCACUGUGAAUAAAACAUGACUGUUUGUUAUGAAUGAUGGACUGUUCAUGUAUUAUUAUGAGAGACUAAAAAAAGGAAAUGCUCACAUUUAAUUGUUUAAAAAAUGCUUGAACCAAAAAUUCAAAAGCAAAAAAAUAACCUUCAAAAGAUGGAUUUCACACACAUGCCAUGAUGUAUAUAAGAAAAGUUACCAGGAAUAAAGUGCAUUGAAUCAUUUCUAUGACCUCAGAUCCUUCAGUCAGAUAUGUUUACUUUCAACUUGAUAGUGCUUAUAUUAUUCUAAUUUGUUUGUCCUUUUUUUGCUUGUUUUGUUUGUUAAUUUGUUUCUUUGUCUUACCACAUGAAAUUCUUACAACUUUGUGCUAUUUUGAAUGAUGUUUAAACAGGAGUUCUUAGGAUUAAUCGUGAAAUCUGGAUUGAGGGCUUUUUACUGCAGACAGUUUGUAAAGAUUGUUACUUGAUUGGACAUCUGCAUCAAAAAAAGUAGGAAGUACUUUGAAAUGAAUAUAAAUGACUUUGAAAACAAUUUCUAAAGGGGUCUGAGCCCUUAUAUCCUGCUGAAUCCCUCAUACUCAAAAAGACCCCUGGCUAUAUUUUUCAGGGUUGACAAAUAUCAGCUGUAAGAAUCCUUGUUAAAUUGUUACGAGUUAUACUUACUAUGGCUUAUUAUAUAAUUAUUUAUACAGUAUAUUCUCACGAGGGGAAUAUGUGUAUGAUGUAUAUUUAACAGCCUGGCUUUCAGAUUUCCUUAUACUGAUCUUUGAAAUACCUCACAGGGUUAAGGAUAAGCUAGUCAAAAGCACCUUUCUGAUAAUUUUCUUUUUUCCUUAAAACCGCUUUUCCUUAAAUCUGAAAAAUCUUUUAUUGUCCUUGAAGAAGUGGAAAUUAUUUUUUUUAUUUCUCAUUGUUAAAAUUCAGAUAUUCAAUUUUCUCUGUCCUCUUUCCAAGCGCUAUUUUUUUACAUUUAAUAUAUUUUAUACUUUAUAUCAUGAAAGGAGAACUGCUUAGUAUGAGUGUGUUUUAUUGCUGGAAAUAAAUUAUGAAUUUUAGUGUAUAUCUUGUCGAAUUUAGAACAUAUAAAUCAAGCAACAUUCCUAGCUUUCAAUAUGUAUAUUUUGAAAUAAAAACCUUAAUUUAGGAGCUACAUAAAAGCUUUUAAAACAUCUAGAAUAGGUUAUAACAAAUAAGUAAUUGCUUGAUUUGUUUUAAUCAAAAUAAGCUAGAGCAUUAAUUAUAUCAGUGGCCUUAAAUUGUUGUUGGUUAAACAGUUAUUGUAGUUAAGAGGGAAAACGUCAAGAUCGGGGUCGAUGUCUGAAUAAUUAAAGGGAUGAUAAUAUUCGGGUUUGAUCCUAAAAUCAGAAUUGAGACCUAUCAAUUUCAGACUAUCAAACAGUGUAAAGUGGUGUGUUUUUUGCUGGACGUUUGAAUUAUAUAGUAAAAAAAAUAAUUGAAAUCGGCAUGACUUUAAGAACAAUUUCAACAGGGAUCUAAGUUAUAGUAGGAUGAUGUGAAGUAAGAUCUUAAUGAUUGAGAAUGGGUCGAGUAAGUGUAGACUUGGAUGAGCGAGGCAGAAUUUUUGCAUUACUUUUGCUUGUCACCUCAAUCUUUCGAUAUGCCCUGUAAUAUGAAAUUUAGAAUUUGAGCCUGCCUGUACAGCAUUUUACCAGGGCUUGUGGGCUUGUGCUAAUUUUGUGUACUGGUGUUUUCGAAAUGCUUAACUUAGAACUGACCAAUGAAAUCACUGAUAAUGAUUGCAUGAUGUAUAUGUUUAUGAUUUAUAUAGUUGUAAUAUUUUGUAUACCACAUCAGAUAUUAUAGCAUUGUUCAACCAUUGCUUCAGUUUUUAGUUAAAAUUAUCUUGGCUUGAAAUAUUUGCAUUGAUUCGAGAUUACUUAAAUUUUUUCAAUAUUGUUUCAAAAAAAAAGAGCAUGAUAUAUAUUUUUGCAAAAAAAUCUCAAUUAAGUGCAUGCAUAGCCCUUUCGAAAUAAUUAAUGGUGUUCAUGGAUUUUAAGAAAAAAAUAUUAAACUGUUUAAUUCUCAAUAUUAUUCUUAAUAUAAGUUUUAAUAAGUUCAUUAAUUGUUCAAAGUUUUCUUGCCAAGGGAAUUACGCAAUCAUCAUUUCAAGGGAUAGAAGCGAAACAGUACAAAGUGCUUUAAAUCUGUAAUAUCACAGAGCACCUUUUUGCUUUUAUUCAUCAAACCCCAUCAUACUUGCAUACAUCGGCUGACGAAGCCAACUCCAUACGACUAAGUUGCAAUAUUGUCCGUUAAUAUCCAUAUAUAAAGGCUGUAUGCUUACUAGCAGUAUUCUUGUAGUAAUUAAUGCUCUUUCAUGAAAAUGUAAUCUCAUCUUUUUUGUGUAAAAUUGUACAAAGGCGGUUGUGUAUACAAUGUAGUUUAGGAAAUAUUGGGACAAUUAUUCAGAACUUUGUUAAAGUUAACAACAUUGUUAAUGUCAUCGUUCGUUAAUUUUCCCUUGUAACUGCUCUUGAAGUUUAAUGGAUCAACUUGUGAUCUGCAGUACUUCUAACAAGAUUCGAGAUAACUGUUUCAGCUGUACUUGUUAACAAUCUAAACAUGUGACCACAUCAUCAAAUAUAUCACGUUUAAAAGUUAAACGAUAAUGUUUUUAAUCACAUUGGUAACUUUAACAGAGUUCUGAACAAUCAGCCCAUUGUGUGUGCAUUGAUUUCCAUGGUGAUUGAAAAUUCGUAUUUGCUACUGGUAGAUUUACUAUCCUGAUUUUAGUAGAGUUCUUUUAUAAUUCCUCUAUUAUUCACUUGAAGGUAUAUCUUCAUUUAAGUGUAAAAACUGUUUUAUAUAACUGUUGCCAAGGUAAAUCAAACAAUUUCUUGACAGAAACAAUUUGAGUAUUGAAGAUUACAAGAAAAGCAAGUAUUUUCAUUAGCUAAGGUCAAUAAAGGAGUGAGAUGUUUUGGUCUAAAUUUUAAACAAUAUAAACAAUUCCCACUGCUUGGAAAUAAAAUCUUUUAAAUCUGUUAGUGUGGAAACAUUGCUCGGACCCAUUUUGUUACAAAUUUGUUGUUUUGUAUUUGUUUCUUAUUUUUUCAAUUUCUUUGUAGAAUUAGGAUUUUUCAAUUUCCAUUUUUCCAUAAAAUGCACAUUUUGUUUCUGUGGUUUGAAUUAUAAAUAGAUGAAAUUUUUCAUUUCAUAUUUCAUAGCUAAGAUAAUCAUGUUACCAUUAUUUUAAAUUGUUAAUCUUUGAACCUUCUAAAAAAGGCGCUUCAAUUUCGUUACUCUGAUCCACAUCUGAUUUUUCCUAUUUUCGAAAACUAUGAUCGAUUGAUAACUCUGCAAACUAGUAUGAUAAUUUUCAUUUGAUUGAGCUUAGUGCUUAAAAAACUUUUAUUAUUUAUUGAUCUGGACAUUAUACAAAAUGAAUUUACCAAAUGAUGAUUGUUUCCACGUGAUGAUAAAAGAUAUUUAGAAAAAAUAAAAUGUUUAAAACAGUAAGAUAGUAAGCUAUUUCGUAGUAAUGUUUUUAAUGUAAAAAUUGUGAAACAGUAUGUGAAUUGUUGAAAUGUUCUUGGACUUAUAGGCCUUUUUCGCAGACACCGUUUCUAGCCAGAUUUUACACUGAUAGUUUCAGUCACAAUUUCAUUGUUUUGAGUAAAGAAACAAACUAUCCAGGCAAAGCUAUGCAGUGUGUUGCCUAUUACCCAAACAUACAUGCAAAAGUCAUGCCAGUAGGGCAUAGGCCCUCAUUGGCCUCUUGUUUUGAAUCAGAGCAUAAGCCCUCAUUGGCCUCUGGUUUUGAAUCAGAGCAUAGGCCCUCAUUGGCCUCUGGUUUUGAACUAUCUUUAGGCAAUGAAAAUGCAGCAACAGGUGGUAUCUGCGAAGAGGACUAUAUGGCUGUGUGUGACUUGUAACUCUGCUGCCUCCUAAAUAUGUACUAACAUGUCUUCUUCUGUUAUAACUGACUGGGUCUUGGUCAUAUUAAUGUUCAUGCAAUCAAAUAAAGCAAAAAAAACUUCA